AGGCGGCUGGACGGGCUGGCUGGGAAGAACCAUUCCUACCCUGCCGCAGGGAGCCCGGACACUGCUGCCGCCAUCCAUGCCUCCCCCAGUCCCCAUGGUUACGGCUCCUGCUUCCCGGCCCGUUCCUCAUCCCUAGCUGCCGCCACAGAAGACAGGCGAAGGCGGCUGGCAUCCCCCAGCAGAAUCCUGGAAGCUGCCCGCCGAGCUCGCACUGAGUGCCUGCUCUCCCCAGCUCUGACUCAUCCUUUCCCGGUGCAGAACACUGUCACUGCUGCUGUGCACUGGCCACAGCCUGUCGCUGGGCUGCAGCCCCUGCAAUCUGUUGAUAACUCCACUUCGGAGCUCCAGUCCAAUGCCUCUGGUGAUGGAAAGCUGUUCCCCAGCACAAGGAACCCGCUACAUCGCACCAGUGACAGGAAGCACAAGAUCGGUGCCUCUCCAGCUGUUUUUGCCAAAAUAGAUGGAUACAGCCCACGGACCCUCACCCACCCCAUCAGGGUCACCCUGAGGCACCCUGCCCUGGAGCUUGACCUAUAGCUGCUGUUGGGGACUUUGACCUUCUGGACGGCCAUGGAGCCUGGUGGGGAGAAGGGUGCGACAUAAUUAUCUCUGCCAGCAACACCGCCCCCACCGGUGCUCUCACCUCAGUAACUCUGCAGGGCUCAUGCCCCACAGGUGCGUGUCCUUGCUCAGACAAAGGCUCCUUCUGGCAGGUGUUGGCUGCCCACACUGCUAAAGGAGGCACCUUGGGGUGAAGAGAUGAAGGCCAGGAUGGGACUUACCUCCUAAGCAGCACCAGCCUUUGAGGAUCCAGACUACACACCCCUCCAAGUGCUUCAGGCCAAACAUGGGCAGUUUUACUGAUCAAGCAGGAGCAGGCUGAACCUCAAGAUCUCCUGAAGAGGUUGUUUCAGACCAUGACAUCCCUGCCACCCCGUGGCUGGCAUCUCCAAUGUCAGCGAUUUGAACACUGUCCUCUCCCUGCCCCAGUACCCAGGGGAAUUCCUGCACCCUGUGGUGUAUGCAUGCACUGCGGUCAUGCUGCUGUGCCUCCUUGCCUCUGUUAUCACCUACAUCAUGCACCAGAGUGCCAUCCGGAUCAGCAGGAAAGGCCGGCACACGCUCCUGAACUUCUGCUGCCAUGCAGCUCUGACCUUCACUGUGUUCGCAGGUGGCAUCAACCGCACCAAAUACCCAAUCCUGUGCCAGGCGGUGGGCAUCGUGCUGCACUACUCCACACUCUCCACCAUGCUGUGGAUCGGAGUGACCGCCAGGAACAUCUACAAGCAAGUGACCAAGAAGGCCCUGCCAUGCCCAGGCACAGACCAGCCACCGUUCCCCAAGAAGCCCCUGCUCAGUUCCAGCUGCUGAACACCUGCCUGUUUCCAAUUUGGGCCUACACAAUCUGCGAACUUUCUGACUCGUCUUUCUGUGCUUGCGUGGUUGUGUUGCCGGAUGGCACAGUGUCCAGCGGUUCUAGGCUCUUUCUGUCCCACCCAAAGAAUUGUCCAGGACAGCUGAUGAACAGGUUUUACCUCAUCAGUGGAGGCCUCCCUUUCAUCAUCUGUGGGGUCACGGCUGCCACAAACAUCAGUAAUUAUGGGACUGAAGAUGAGGACACAGCAUAUUGCUGGAUGGCCUGGGAGCCCAGCCUGGGUGCAUUCUAUGGGCCGGCCGCCUUCAUUGCCCUGGUUACCUGCAUGUACUUCCUCGGCACCUACGUCCAGCUGCGGCGCCACCCUGAGCGCAGGUAUGAGCUCAGAGAGCGCACAGAAGAGCAGCAGCGGCUGGCAGUACCAGAAGGAGGCCAUUGCCAUGGGGUGAGGCCAGGCACACCAACUGCCUGUGACACCCUAGUGGCCUCACAGCUCCAGAAUGAGCACUCAUUCAAGGCUCAACUGCGGGCCGCCGCCUUCACGCUGUUCCUAUUCACAGCCACAUGGACCUUCGGGGCGCUGGCUGUGUCUCAGGGCCACUUCCUGGACAUGAUCUUCAGCUGUCUGUAUGGCGCCUUCUGCGUGACACUGGGGCUUUUCGUGCUCAUCCACCAUUGCGCCAAGCGGGAGGAUGUGUGGCAGUGCUGGUGGUCUUGCUGCCCUUCCCGUGGGGACAACUCCACCACCAAACCCAGCACCCACCCUGUACUUGAUGCCAAUGGAGACAUACUGGGGCACACCUGCCUGCAGGAAUCACCGGGCCCUGGAAACACAAGGGGCUUCAGCCAUACACCCACUGGCCACUGCAAGAUGACCAACCUGCAGGCUGCCCAGGGCCACAUCAGUUGCCUCUCGCCAGCCACCCCCUGCUGUGCCAAGAUGCACUGCGAGCAGCUGAUGGAGGAGGAGGCCCACGUGCACUUGCCUGAGGAGGAUGCCUUCCCACACAACCCACACCUGCACAGGUGCCUCAAGGGCAGAACUAAGCCUCACUACUUCAGCCGGCACCAGGCAGCUGCCACUGAGCACGAGUAUGCCUACCACAUCCCCUCCAGCCUAGAUGGCAGCCCCCACAGCUCGCACACAGACAGUCCCCCCAGCUCUCUUGAGGGUCCUAUGGGGGUGCACACACUGGCCUGCUGCACCCAGGGUGACCCCUUUCCUAUGGUCAGCCAGCCUGAGGGCAGUGACACCAGUCCUGCACUCUACGGCUGCCCUCCAAGGCUGCCCCCAGGCCCUGCCCACUUGGAGAUGCUCCGGAGGACACAGUCCCUGCCAUUUGGUGGCUCCAGCCAGAAUGGGGUGCUCAAGGGCACUGUUCAAGAAGCCCUUUCAUUCAGCACCGAUGGGACGGGCAACAUCCGAACAGGGCCCUGGAAAAAUGAAACUACUGUGUAAUGGGGACAGGAACAGAUCACCCUCACCAGUGCCACCAUGUCCCUGGAGGAGCUUCCAAGAAAAGAGGGAGCCCAUUUGCCACAUGAGGUUGGUGGGAAGGGUCACCAAAAUGACCGAGCCUUCAGAAGCCACUCACACCUUGGAGCUGAGUUCUUUUCGUUGUGAAAGACCCCAGAAGGAAAAUGUUUUGGGCCACACCUGCCUCUGUUAGUCCCAAAGUGGGAUGUGGCUGUCCACAUACUUUCACCCGCUUUCUGUUUAUAGCAACCCAUCUCCAGGGCAGCCCAGAAACAGAGUACAGGUUUCUAUCAAAGAAGCUACCCAGACCCCAGGGUGGAGCCCUGCAUCCAUGCUGUAUUGCUGGGUGGUGAUCCAGGCAACCUCAGCAGAGGCUCUGUCUGGCAUUUCCUGGCAGUGUGUGUGUGUGUGUGUGUGUGUGUGUGUGUGUGUGUGAGAGAGAGAGAGAGAGAGAGAGAGUGUGUGUGUGUGUGUGUGUGUGCAUGUGUGCAUGUGUGAAAUUUUGCUCCAGGAACUGUGGUGGCCAGUCCUAAAGAGCAUUCUCCCCCUGGGCAGUUUCCACAGAUCCCCUCCAGUGUCCUUGUGUCUGUGUCACACCAGCAUCUUCCCUUGGAACUUCUGCCAGCUCACUGAACCCUA